CUGACCGGCUGUUUGUUGUUCAUCUUCCCCAAAGAGAGACUCAAGAACGCCAGAGUGUGAAAUUUCCGCUAUGCAUUUGAAGGCAGCAUGUUGAUAUGAGGCCCCUGGGAGCCCACUCGAUACAGUGACGUGGACUAUGGGCGGGGAUUGUGCACAGGUGAACACCGCUCAGGUGUAAGGUGGGGAAAUGUGCGUCCUGAAGAACGAGUUAAACCGCUCGGCGCCGUUACUCGGGCUCUCCGCUCUCCUCCGGUAUGGCCCACCGCUGCGUGGGGAACUGCGCGCCCAUAUUCUUCCUCGCUGUUGCUUUUGAUGCAGCUGGUCUGGUCGUGCUUCUGGUCGGGAUUUUCGGCAACCUGAACCUGGACGGCCGUUUCUAUGGGGAUUUCCUCAUCUACACGGGCUCGAUCAUUAUUUUCCUGAGCCUGGUGUGGUGGGUCCUGUGGUACACGGGGAACGUCCAGCUGUACGGGGAGGACCGGAGAGGCUCUCUGGACAUCAGCUUCACGCACUGGGCCAGGAAGCUGUCUGAGAGGCUCUCCAAAAACCGCAUGAAGCCGCUGGAAGCCGGGGAGGAGAAGAAGAACAUGGGGAAGGAGAUGAACGGGACGGUGCGUGCUGCUGUGCCGUCUUGGACCACCUGGGAAGGCGGCAGCAGCCGAGCCGUGUCGGGUCACGACAACAGAGGGUUUGAUGGAGGGACUGAGGCUCCAGCAUCUCCAGCUGAGAAGAACGUGGAGCUGGGGAUACUGAGGAGCUCAGACGUGGCUCUGCAGGCAGCAGAGGACAAAGCAGAGCGGCUUCUCUGACAGGAGACGGUGACAUCCAGCUUUCCUGCUGUUGAAGUGUGGACUCUCCCCUUGCUGCUUUCUAAAAACUCCAACACACUGAAAACUUUGAGCUUGUGAACUAAAGUCACUUUUUUUUUUUAAGUAGACAGUUUCUUAAUCAGGGAAAAGCCCUGCUCCCGCAGUGAACAGGAGGGCUGUGCACAGAGGAAGAAAUUGUCUUUAAUUUGUACAUAGCAAAUUUCUAUUUUUAUGUGCUGAUUUUUGAAGCAGAUGUAAAUUAUUUUUCUUGGAAAUAAAGUUUACAUGUAACUGGAUGCUGUCAUUGUUGGAGUGUUUGAGGGCGUUUCUGCAUCCAGGCGACUGAUACUGUUUGAUGCCAGAUAACAGCACAGUGACGCCCAGGCUUUGAGUUUCGCAAGAGACACUUUUUUAUUUUUGUCUCCUCUUCCUUGUCUGACUUCACCCUUAGUUGUUCAGUAACUUUGAUACAGUACACACGACGUAGAUUUUCUUUCAUCACCAUAUUUUUAAUGUUAGUUUUUGAAGGUUGUAAACAUCACCCUGGGUGUCUUCUUAUUCCAAAUCAUGCAAAAAUAAAUAAAUAAAUGUCCAAAAUGCACGGCCAGUAUUUCUAGCUUUUCCAAAUCCACCUGUGGGCCUGAGAUAAGGCGUGGAUCUGUGGAUGCUGGGAUGUAAUAUGUUUAUGAAAUGAAGCCACAUCCAGCGAUAGAGCUGCAGAAUCUCUUGUCAUCAUUAAGGAAACAUAUUUCUCCUCCGUCACUCAGUGUCAUGAAAAAAAAGAGAUGUAGAUACAGGAAGGAAUGUGACCUGAGUGUUUAAACUCUUCCUUCUCAUCAGUCUCUCAGACUCAGGGGCGGCACUGACGGGGGAAGAAGCAUUUCAUCUGAAUUUAUUUCACUUCUAACAUUUUUCACGUCAUACUGAUAAACUGGUAAAGCGGUGAAUGAUUGCCUAAACUUCAACUGCAGUCAGCUGCUCCUGUCAUGGAUUACACCGCCUAUAUCGGCCGCUGCCUGCUGUUUUUCUUCCUCGCUGUCCUCUUGGAUGCAGCAGGCCUCAUCCUCUUCUUCGUCGGGGUCUUCGCCCCCCUCAGCUUCUGGGACUUCUUUGUCUUCUCGGGGCCCCUCGUUAUCUUCCUCAGCCUGGUGUUCUGGAUCUUCUGGUAUCUAGGAAACCUGGAGGUGCCGAUGGAGGAGCUACUCCCCAAAUGAGAUUCACAACUUGUUCUAAUCUUGCAGCACAAAACCAUUUUCUGGCAACAAGGCCGAGGAGGAUGAGACCAGAGCUACAGCUACAGGGGGGAAGUUUCAGCUUCUACUUGAUCUCACUGGUGGAUGUUUUGUAUGUUUACUUCACCACCCUCCAAAAAUAUGGACUUUACUAUGAAAGGACAAAUAUGGAACUUUAAUCUGAAAGGACAUUUGUGCACUGAACACCUCAGACUUUCAGGUUUAGAGAGGGACUCGCUUUAAAUCCCUGAUUCUUUACAAUAAGGAACUGCAUCAGUUUUAUUGAUUAAAAUGUGACUAAUAAUGUUAAUAACAGCCACGUUUAUUUAUUAUACGUACAGUUAAUGAAUUACAAAUAAACAACUAUAACACUAUAUCCUAAUAAUGAAUAAUACAAAAUCAAUCGAUAUUAAUCACUACUGAUAAAUGCUCAACGUAAGACACCCAAAGGACUACAAACAAGAUGGCUGUAACAUUUGUGUUUCUGUAUUCUUUUCUUUCUUUGUGUUUGUUUGUAGUCAUGUUGUGUUUUGUUUGAGUUUUGAGUAUCUUGUAUUUUUGUGUCUUUGUAGUUGGUUUCCAUCUCUUUGUAGUUGGUCAGUCAGAUUCCUAAUGAGGUCCAUGUCUCUGUCCUCCUCUGGUCACGCUCCCUCUCAGACUGUCUAAUCAUGGUGACUCAGUGUUAGGGAUUUUUUUUGUUCAGUAAGAUACACUUUGUUUACUUUGUCAAUCGUGAUUUUUUUUUUUUACUGACUCCAGAAUCUCCCAUUUACACAUUUUCACUCCAUUUACAUCCUGAUGAUGCUGCUCAUCAUGUCUCUACUUCAUUUCUUUCUUAUUGAUUUUCUUCUACGGCCACUGCUCCAGAUAAGUCUCUGUGGUGUUUUUCCUGUUGUGAAAUCUGAGUAUUGGUCGCUCAACCCAUUCAACAGAAACCAGUCAAACUGGGUUUCUUAGCGACUGGAGCAGAGAGUCCUCUCAUUUUACAAGAAUGGGUCUGUGUGGGGAGAAAAAGGAGAACGUUUUCCCCGUCUAUCAAACACUAUAACAACAUAAAAACAUGAAAUGGUGGAAGCUCUGUGCACAGAUUUAGUCACAAUACCCGCUCUUGUACAAUCUUUACAUCAGUUAUGUGGCACAACUUGUUUCUGUGUUACUACAGUGGACACACCCUAUUUACAGUGUGGCUGAUAUUUAAUCUUAACACCAGAAUAAUCCUCAGGCUUAAAGACGCUGGCCACUACAAUAGAACUUCAACAGCAAGGAGAAAACUAAAGAAAUGAAUUUUCUAGAAAAAGCUCCAUUUUAAAUUGCUCUGAAUUUAGUAAUACAUGUCAUUAGGUGACAUGUUGAUUUAGCAAAAUAACAGAUUUUAAAAUGUGGUUACACUGUCAGUUGCCUCAUAACUGUCCUCACACAAUCUAUAUUUACUCUGCACUUCAGCGUCUCUUUUCAAAAGCUGCCGUGUUUUCCGGGAAAGAACCUACACUACCAUUAAGCCUUUGUGUAAGGGGAGUAUUUAGAAAUGUGUCAGCUGUACAUUAUUAAUUCAUAACUGCGCCGCUGUUGCUCAAACUUCUCCAGGAGAAUUACUGUGAAUGUGUCGACAUGUGAAUCUAAGGUGUCACAAUCCCAUCGUCUGUCUGUCUGUCUGUCUCCACGGCUUCAGAUUCCACCUCACACCUGAUGUGUCUUUCCAUUACCUGUUGCCAGCCUGCUGUACAAUUCACAGCCAGGACACACACACACACCUCUGCCUGGCCUGGGUCAACUGAACAUGACACUCUUUGACUCAGUGCGGUGAUGACAAAGGGAAUGGGGAUUAAGUUCUGCGAGGCCUGUUGAUGUAGUGUUUGGUUGUUGUCAGUUCUGCCAACACUUCACACUGUUUCAGAGGAGAGCCCAGCGUGGGAGAAGUGUGUAUUUUACUUGAGUAAAAGCAGAAAAAUCACUGUUUAAAAAAACCCUGUAUUUACUGAAGUAAACGCUCUCAGAGCAUCAAAAGCAAAAGAUCUCAUUUAAAGAAUGGCUCCAGUCACAGUGUAAAAAAAAAAGAGUUUUACACUGUGACUUAGCAUUUUAGUGUCAGGAUAAAGCUAAUUUGAUUUAUACUGGUGGUCAACUCCGUAACAAUGCAUCAUAUUUCAUUUUCUGGAUGAAACUUUGAAACCCGCAUUUCGCACCUUGGCCUACCUGAAUUAACCCUCCUCUUUAUACCGUCAUUAUGAUGUCAGGGCUUUAGAAACCAUCAACAAUACACAGACACACAGUAUAACUCUGCAUCACACACAGGUCAUGUAGCCAGAAUAAAUGUUAAGCAAUGCUAUAAAAACCCGAGUAACACAAUAAGUCCCCAAACACAUCAUCUCCAGCAGAAGCAUCAAUAUUAACUAAUACAAUUACAAUAAACAAUAAAAUAUAGGUAAAAUGCAUUUUACUCACCGAAACUGCUGAUUAUUUGUAGACAAAUAAAUAAAACUGCCUCUGUCCAGUGGACACUCUCAGCCCUAAAGUGAAUUAAAGCUUACUAACUCAGCUAACUCAGCGUUAGCCUCCAUAGCGAUAGACACGGACUUAUUGUCGGAACUGAGACGCACAGAUAAACCUCUGCAACAGAGUCAUUGAACUCUUCCUCGUCGUUCCGCCGUUGUGGGUUGAAAAAAACAGCUAUUAAAUCUAUGCUAACACGUUUUAGCUUGCGCUAGUAGCUGUAGCGGCGUUUAGCUAGCUCUGAGCAGUACGCUCUCUGAUCAUCCAAUCAAAUGACAUGAAAGUACUGACGUUAGCGAAGGCCUGCUAGAUGGCGCCAGCCAACUCGAAAUCUGAUUGGUUAAAGGAUCCGCGAGGCAACAGUUUCAUUGCCGUUCAUUUUAAAUUACCGGGGGCUGCACUGUUGAUUGUGAAGGCCCCAAGAUUUCUGUUACCAUGGCAACACAGGGCUGAACUCUGAUUGGAUAAAAGCUCUAACAUAAACUGACUGUAUUGGAAGCAGCACAAACAAACAAUUUAUGGUAAAAAAAACAAA